CUUGAGAAAAGUAAGCUGCUGCUCCGUGUAGGCUUUGGGCAGCGGACGUGAUCGAAUGUACUUCGAGUUUUGUGCCAUGCAGAUGAGGGCUGUGAGCAAGCAAGCAGUCGAUCCGGUGUCUCGGACCGACGAUCGAUCUUGACCACGACCAUCUUCUCCCAUAAAACAGCCAUGUACCUGCGCUGCACCAUUUUGUCUAUACAAUUCCGAAUGAGCAGCCCAAUCCCGGCCAGCCAUUAAAACACCAGCAUUACUAUGGGUGCCCCAAAGCACUGCCGCCGCCGCAGCAUUCUCAUACCCACGGCGCGACAUGCGAUCUAGAUCCUUGGCCAGUCUCCACUAGAGCAUGACUACACGCAGUAUUGCUUGCGUACACUCGUAUGCCUCCUCGGUUUAUCUCCGCUCGCCUCGCUCGAUGUCUUUGCAAGCCGCGCCGGGCGAAAUUACAAAUCACUCCAAUUCCACAGGUCAUUCCAGUCAGCUGCUAGCUUCUUUUCCGCUUUCUCGGGCCAGCUUUUUGAUUUGGACCUGCCAGUGCAAUGAUCGAAAGCGCGGAAAGGGCGAGAAAGAUUUUAUGGAUUCUGAGGGUUUAUGAUCCCCGCCUGUCAACUUUAAACGUUUGAAUAACGAAGCUGCAAUUGAUUGAGGGCUGGGCUCCAGCUCGACUCAAGUCCGGGUCUACAGAGCACUAUCUUACGUCAGCAUCUGUAUGUCAUGUAAUUACAACGGGGAACGUGACAUAACGC